AUGAAAGUAUAUAUAGCGACCUUCAGCGCGUCUGUUACAAGCGCAGUUGCUCUGAUUGCAUGUCUGAUCGGAUCCUCAACUCUUUAUAUUCACGUCAGCGACCUUUGGAAUGAGCUUGACUACGAAAUCCAAGCCUUCAAGACAAGCACAGAUGACAGCUGGAAGGAAAUGGUUCAACUGGUGUCAACACACAGUCAGCGAAUGCGCAGGGACAAUUCCGCAACCGUGCAAACAGACUUGAAAGUUGUUUCACCAGGCGUCAACGUAGGAGGACCACCAGGAUCGUUGCCUCUAGCAGGCCAAGAUUCUCCAGGAUUGAAAGGAAAAUGCGGAUGUAAUGCAGAUAACAAAUGUCCCGCUGGUCCUCCCGGUCCAAAAGGCCAACCUGGACUAAAGGGCCCAGAUGGCGUACCUGGUCAAAAAGGCGCACCAGGGAAAGACGCACAAAAUAUUCAUGCUCAAAAGCAAUACGAUGGCUGCUACUACUGUCCGCCUGGUCCCCAAGGUCCACCUGGGGCUAUGGGACGUCCAGGUGUUCGUGGUUUAGCCGGAUCCCCAGGACCAGCAGGAUUGCCAGGAAAGAAUGGAAAUCCAGGACUUCCUGGCGAACAUGGGGCUCCAGGAGCACCAGGUGAUGAUGGAAGGCCAGGUAUAAGUGGUGAAAAAGGCGCUGAUUUUCAACAUGUCGUCGGCCAGCGCGGUCCAAAAGGGAAACGUGGAGAGCGAGGCGAGCAGGGACUGCCUGGCGACAAAGGUCUUCCAGGAGGUAAAGGAGAAAUCGGAAUUGCAGGCCCACCAGGAGAAGUAGGACCUCGCGGUGCCAGAGGUGCCAAGGGUGACUUCGGUGAAUCGGGACGGGCAGGACGUCCAGGCCAAGAUGCAGAGGUAUCUUUCUUCAACAUUUCAGUUGAUUUACACUUUAAACUAAGAAAAGUCCUAAAAAAUUCUGUUUCGAUUUCUUAUGCCAUAAUAACGAUUAGUAGCGAAUCAAGUGGAGAAAAUAAAGUAGGAACUUCUGUUCCAAAAAGUUAA